CCUGAAUAACGCGCAGCUGGGACAUUCUUGAAAAAUGUGUACCUGCUUAGUAGCUUUUUAAAAUUUCAACAAGAACAUUUUGUAACCAGUUGGCUAGCCGCAGCUCCAGCCAAGGCCAAGAUGAUCGAGGUGGUGGCCUCAAUGGCGCGAGGUCCGGUGUUCCUGGCUGGGGAGGUGAUGGAAUGUCUCAUCACGUUCACCAACCCAAUGUCUCACCUUUCCACCUCCGCCAGCAGUGAGAUGCUAGCGUGGUCCAGUGCCCAGAUCCACUGCCAGUUCCAUGCCAGUGAGAGCAGAGUAGCUCUGCCAGCCCAGGGAACUAAACAGGAUGUCCAGGCAGAGAGUGACACGGUCCUUAUUCCCAGCAGAGGAGAGCGAGGCCAGUGCAUGCUGGACACCCCUCCCAAGAUACUGUUCUGUGACCUGCGUCUGGACCCUGGGGAGAGCAAAACCUACUCGUACAGCGAGACGGUGCCCAGCGACGGCCCCCCUAGUUUCCGUGGCCAGUCGGUGAAGUAUGUCUACAAGCUGACCAUUGGAUGCCAGAGGGUCAACUCCCCCAUCAAACUGCUGCGCGUCCCCUUCAGAGUCCUCGUCCUGCACAGCAUGCCGGAGCCCCCUUUUCCCCAGGACGAAGAGGUGGCUCCCUCAAACCCCUUCUUGGAGGAUGAAGAGGAGGGGGAACGGAGAGACUCUCGGCCCCUGGAGAGAGCCUUGGACAUGCUGAUGAUCACCACCUCACGCCGCUGUCCUCAUCUGUUUAACAUCACUAACAUGCGCGGGAAAGUGGCCAAGUUCUGCAUCUUCAAGACCGUCUUCAGGCUUGGGGAGGACAUCAUCGGCACCUUCAACUUCUCAGACGGGGACAUUCCCUGUAUACAAUACUCGGUUAGCCUGCAGAGUGAGGAGGAGGUCCAGCCGGGGUACCAGCGGCAUCCUGGCCAGUCCAUCAGUGUGACGGGUCACGGUCGUCACCUGGAGUCCUGCCUCCAUACCGCCUCCUGCCACUUCUCCCUCCCCGUCCCCCUCAACGUCACCCCUGGCUUCAGCACAGACAUCGUGACCCUGCGGUGGCGUCUUCACUUUGAGUUUGUCACGUCCAGAGAGCCCAUGGAACCACCCACUGUGCUGCAGAACCAAUCAGAGGUCAUUGUGUGGACAGGGGCGGAGCAUGUUGACGUGGAUACCUUUAGUUGGGACCUGCCAAUCAAAGUGCUCCCCACAAAUCCAGCCCUUACCUCCUACGUCUCUCAGUUCACAGGGACAAACAGUAUCAAUAUCUGAGAAAGAGAGAAGCUUGUGUACAUACGUGUGUCUGAUGGGCAGAGGCAUUGAUUAUAUAUUUGAACAAUUAUGUAUGCCAGAGGUAAAGACACCUUUUUUUUUUCUAGAUAUUUUGCAGUGUAUUCUA